AUGGCAGGGCCCACCAAGAACGGCGCCUCCUCCUCCGCCGCCGCCGCGGGCUCCGACGACCUCCGCACCGCCGCCGCCGCCGUCGGCGGAUUCCGCGCGGGGCGGAAGCGGCGGUCGUCCGGUCGGCAGCGCCGCCGCAAGCCGCCACACGCACGUGUAAGCUCCUCCUCCGCCGCCGCCGCGGCGCCGCCCCCGCCACUCACUCUGCAAAAAGUUUCACGUAGAUCGGAUAUCGCCUCUUGCAGUGAAACUGCGCUGGAUUUGAAUGUGCCUGCUCUUGAUCCUGAUGUAAGAUUUAUGUUCAAACAAGCUGUGGAUGGCUUGAGAUUUAUUCUUCAAAAAGAGCUCAGAAACAGCGAUGUUGGCCCGCUCGGCAGGAUUGUUCUUCCAAAGAAGGAGGCGGAGGCGCAUCUUCCGACACUUAAAGCUCGCGACGGCAUAAGUAUAAAUAUGUAUGAUUUGGAGACCUUUCAACUCUGGACAUUUAAAUACAGAUAUUGGCCUAACAAUAGAAGCAGGAUGUACAUACUUGAAAAUGCCGGGGAGUAUGUUAAGUCUCAUGGUCUUCAACUUGGUGAUUACAUCAUGAUGUACAAAGAUGAUACCAAAGACAAAUUUAUAAUCCGAGCAAAAAAGACAGCAAACAAGGAAGAGGCUGUCGAUUCGACAGACGAUGGGAUUUUCGACUCAAUCGUGCCGGACAUUGUUGUAGCGAGUGCGAGGUACUCUGACCUCUUCCUACCAUUGGGGGAUGGUAUGUCCAUGGCAUACAACCUAAGCUUCGCAUUCGCAGCAGAUUUUUCGAUGAGUUUCCCCGAUGAGAGAGCAAUGGGGAACGACAGCAUCAAUAAGAGCGACGGCUAA